UAGAAACCGGAGGGGACACUCGUCAGUUGUGAAUUUACCAAAACGUUCAGUUUCAACAAUAAGAAGCACAGUUAUUGUUUUAUGUGUAUUUUUAAUGAUUUUUUAUACAUACUGAUGUAUUCAUACUGAUUAUAUUUGCUUUUGUAUGUGGUUGCUGAAAUAAACACACCCUGCUAGGGGUAUGUAAUGGUACGUUCCCAGUGACAGCUCGAGCUGUGCUAACUCUCAUGCCCCAGGCAGCAUCGGAAACAGAGGCAACCUUUAACAAGCCGACACAAUAAUUGUCCCAUUUUGCUAAACUUGUCGACUAUCAGCCGCCGACAUGUGUGCUGCCAAAAAGGGAGACUUGUCUCCGAUUGAAAAGGAGUUGAUUGACGUUAUCUCGGCAGGAAAUGUCCAAGAGGCCUCAAGACUGCUGGGCUGCAAAGAUGUCAGAGUCAACUGUUUGGAUGAGUACGGCAUGACGCUGCUCAUGCACGCUGCCUACAAAGGCAAAGCAGACAUGUGCAAGUUGCUGCUGCAACACGGCGCCGACGUCAACUGCAACCAACACGAGCACGGCUACACGGCGCUCAUGUUCGCUGGCCUGUCGGGGAAGACGGACAUCACGUGGAUGAUGUUAGACGCCGGGGCGGAAACGGACGUGGUCAACUCUGUAGGAAGAACCGCUGCGCAGAUGGCAGCGUUUGUUGGGCAACACGACUGCGUCACUGUCAUCAACAACUUCUUCUCCCGCACCCGACUCGACUACUACACCAAAGUUCAGGGUUUGGAGAAAGAACCCAAGUUGCCACACAAACUGGCAGGACCCCUGCACAAGGUCAUCAUGAGCACCAACCUCAACCCAGUCAAGAUGGUGAUGCUGGUGAAGGAGAACCCGCUGUUGGCCGAGCCGGAGGCUUUGGACAAGUGUCGGCGCGUAAUGGAGCUCAUCUGCGAGAAGUGCAUCAAGCAGCAGGAAAUGAACGAGGUGCUUGCCAUGAAGAUGCACUACAUCAGCUGCGUGCUGGGCAAGUGCGCCUCCUUCCUUAAGGACCGCGACGACAAGCUGGACGGCCUUAUGAAGAGCCUUUUGAAGGGUCGAGAUGACGACGGCUUCCCGGUGUACCAGGAGAAGUUUGUCCGAGAGUGCAUCCGCAAGUUUCCCUACUGUGACGCCACCCUGCUGCAGCAGCUGGUCCGCAGCAUUGCCCCGGUGGAGAUUGGCAGCGACCCAACCGCGCUCUCAGUGCUGACUCAGGCCAUCACGGGUCAGGUCGGCUUCAUGGACUCCGAGUUCUGCACGUCGUGCGGGGAGAAGGGAGCUGAGAAGAGAUGUUCCGUCUGUAAAAUGGUGAUCUACUGUAACCAAGCGUGUCAGAAGAUGCACUGGUUCACUCACAAGAAAGUGUGCAAGAAUCUUCAAGAGCAGCGAGAGGAGCAGGAAGUACAGGCCGACAAAGUCAGGAUGGCGCAAAGCACAGAGGAGAAUGCAGCCGUGCAGGACGCCUCAGACUCCAUGAAGCAGCUCUCCACAGAGGACGAGAGCGAAGUCGCUCCUCCGGAGACCCCAAGCUCCGCCCCCGUGCCCGCCGCUGACAAUUGAGGAGCUCCGGUGACCGUGGCCGGCUCCAGAACACAUCCAUUUCUCCAGAAGCAGCGAGCUGACUGGCGGUGGCGCUGAAGACCACCACGUGCACCGGUCCAAGAGACGCCUGCAAGAAGACAGUUGAGGUGUUGUGCUCUUUGUCCUUGUUCCUUAAUUACCCGGCCAUCUUGUCGUGCGUGAAAAACAGUUUCGUGUUAGAGCUCACAGAGGCGGAGUCCUUGCUGAGAGAUGAAAUUCUGCCUUAAAACAAAAGUAGCAGAGCCAAGAGUGACAAGAGUUGUUUUGUACUCAUUGCCUUCCUUGUGGGUAGUGUUGACCAAAAAUGUCUAUUUUGAAUAUUUAUACAACAUGUCAGGAGUUCCAUGAGUUGUGAUGAUGACAUGAUGAAUGGUGAUGGCUGCUACAACCACACGUUUGAAUAAAUUCAACACUGAUUGGUGCAUUUUCACACUUGAAAUUAGAGUCUGGUUGGUAACCUAUUUUUGCACUUUAUUUCCUGUAGUUUGUAUUUAAUUACGCAGAAAAAUAGUAUUUAGGUCAGUGGUUCUUAACCUUGUUGGGGGUACCGAACCCCACCAGUUUCAUAUGCGCAUUCACCGAACCCUUCUUUAGUGAAAAAAAUAAAUAGAAAUGUUUCAAAUUGAAGGCAAAGUUAUGUUUUUUUACUGGAGCACAAAAUGAACCGUGCAUGAACAUCAUCACCUUGUUCAAAGAAGAAAACCCACACAACAAAUUACACACCUGCAAC